GACGAGCCUACACUAACCUUUGACACAGUUUGACAAACAUCAUCAUGGCGGAAAGAUAGCACAUGCCAUCAUCUUCAACCAUCUUUGUUCAACUUUCCCCGUCAAAUAAGGGAGCGUUUGACCGCGGGAUUUUGUUCAGUGGGUGAACAAAGCCAUGGCUGAAGCAGGCAGACCGUUACAGGAUGAGUUAGUGAAUAUCGGAAGGCUCAGAGAGGCGCAAGAUGAGGCAAUAGAGGCAUGCAAGGAGAAGAUCAAGCAAUGGAAAAAGUUCAAGUCUGAUUACAAUGCUGUGCAGGACAGAUUAAGAACUCUACCUGAUAGGAUUACAUAUGACAUAAUGGUUCCGUACGGUUCCCUGGCCUUCAUGCCGGGACAUCUGGUCCACACCAACGAAGUCUUGGUCCUCCUGGGGGAUAACUGGUUUGUGGAGCGGUCAGCUAAGCAGGCGUGUGAGAUCAUAGAAAGGAGGAGAAAACGAAUCGACAACACACUUAAGGAUCUUCGUAAGGAACUGGGACUGCUGGAGUCUAGAGUGGGCUACACAGAGGAACUGCAGGAUGCAGCAAAGGCUUCCAUUGUUGGUCAAGGUGAAGUUAUGGAGAUCAGAGAGGAGUACGUGCCAGAGAGGGAUGACAAACCUACCAAGAGAAUAAGCCGUGUGAAGAAACCAUCAGACCGUGUGGUAAAACGACCUGCAGUAAGAAAGCAGCUAACAGAAGAUGAUGUGCCAGUUAGUUUGCUGUCUCAGCACAAACCAAUACAAACAGAAGAAGCCAUUUGGGCACGGCUUGACACACUGGAGAGGCUGGAGGAAGAAGAGGAUGAGAUGAACAGCAGGCUCUGGUCUAGUGAGGAAGGUGAGGAGGAUGAGGAGGGGUACCAGGAGGAUGACGAGGAUGAUGGUGAGGAUGACAGUGACAUCAACUUCACCGACGACGACAUCGCAGCCCAGAUUAGGAAAGCAGAAAUGAGCAGAAGAUUCGAGUACGACAGUGCACACCGGGCCGCUGAGUCCGAAGCCCUACAGGAGAAGAAAAAGUCGGUCCGAUGGAAGGACCAGCAGGAAUUAGGGGGGGUUCAGGAUUCUCUGAAAACGGAAGAAGAUCCAAAAGAACAAAGGACUUCUGGGAUAAAGCCACACGAUGGGAAAACAGUGGCAAACAUCCCUUACCCUAAGCAUGUACCCUACUAUGAAGAUGACAGUGAUGCAUCAACUCCAGCAAAGAUUGUGUUCCACCAUACUCCACUGCCUGUCACACAGGAGGACCAGGUCAACGAGAGAAAUCUGCCAUCAGCAGGCACGGUUACCAGCCCUGCCGACAUCUACAACCUGUACCGCCAGCCAGAGUCACCCUCUCUACACACCUUCCCUGAAGGUCAUCUCAACUCUGUGCCCAAGGUUACACCAGAACAGGACAAGCCAACCUCGGGCACCAAACCCAAGUCCAUCCUGAAGAAAACCCCUUCAAGGGAAGAAGUAGUAGAGGUGGUGCAUAAUAACAUGAAUUCUGAGGAGGCACAGCCACAAAAGCCACCUCCUCUACCAGCGCCAAAAUCAGCAUUUUCAGGGGAGGUUUUGGAAAAAGAUGCUCAUCCCACCAUGAAUUCAAAUGUUACAUCAGAGCUUCCGCCCAAGAAGGUGUCCAGGUUCAAGGCCGCUCGUCAGAAGCACAGAUGAUGUCAUUUUUAAAUGUUAGCCAUUGAAUCUCAUCCUUCUACACAGAGCUAUCCCAUGACAGUACACAAAUGCAUUGCAGAAUCAUGCCCUGCUAAACUAGGGUCAGAUUUUUGCUUGUAUGGUAUAUUGGUUUUAAAAAGGAAUGAGCUUGCCUUAUUUGAUUGCAUAUUUUCAAUGUGGCAGACAUACAAUAGCAUACGCUGCGGCAUGCACAGAAAACCCAUUUGUUUUGCAAGAGGAUAUCAUCAGCUUUUGUUGGUAUUUGGUGAUUUGGUUGCUCUCUACCCAAAAAUCUGACAGAUUUUAAAUUUGAUACCUGAUAAAACAUGUUUGGGGCACAGAAAGGAGUGUUGCUGUUCAUCUUGGUACGAAAAAGUGAUUUCGCAGGAGCCAAUCAGAUAAACAUUUAGGCAAUUCUGUGAUAAGCUGACACCUGGUUAGUGGCUAUAGCACCACACCCCAAGAGCAAGAAUCUGACCCAAGGUUUAGUGGGGCUGAUUUUGUAGGGCAUCCGUGUAUACCUUUGGACAGCUCUGUGUAAGAGGAUGUUGAAGCUUAGCUGUAAGGACUGUUAUGAGUCUUGUGAUCAAUUCUCUGUAGCAGAAUGUGAUUGUUUAUUUGCUGUGGCAAAGUCAAGAGAGGAAAAGAUUGAAUGAAGAUUGUGGUCAGUUGAGUAAUCUUUUCGUGGGUGUCCUCCAUUUUGUACAUACAGAUUUUGCUGAAAGCCAUGUGACCUCUGUGAAAGAAAAAUGAACUUUUCUUAAUGCCAGUAUCUGUGCUUUGAGCCCCUAAUGUGCCUUUGUCCUUGGACCUUAGUUUUGGAAAGAACAUGUUCCGUCCUUGCUUUUACCAAGGAAAAUGUAUUUGAGAUCCCUAUUAUAUAUAAAACAGCAUUUGUGAUACCUGUUGAAAAAUCUAAAGGAAAAAAAGCUUGUUUGUCAAAAAAUUUACACUAACUUACUGUUAGCACUUCUCACCUGAUUGAACCAAGGAUGUUAUGUACAUUUUGUAACAUCCUUGAUUGAACAAGACAUCAUAGCUUUAGAUGUCUAUAUGAAUUGCAUUGAAGGUUUUCUCACCAUGCAACAAUACCAAUGCCUUCAUUUUCAUCUAGACAUCCAUCAAUGUAUAGUUCCAUGUAUUGCAGCGUGUGAAGUUUGUAGGUGGUAAUUAUAAAUGAGCUAAAGUGUGCAGAUUGUACAUUGUAUUUGCAAUGUCUAUUGCUGUUGAGCUUAGGAAAUGUAUGUAUAUCAUUCAUUGAUCAUGCCAUUCUAUGACAUAAGUGUUGGAUGUCUGAGUGUGGGGAAAAUGUACAAUAAGGUACUGGGUCAGGGCAGUGGCUGAAGUCCAGACACAUAUCAUAAUACUUCUACCAACCAUUGUCAUGUCAGUUCACAGAUCAAACUUUGGCACUUGUACCCUAUCCUUGUUUACAGUUCACGCAAACCUAGCCUGUCCAAGGUUAAAAUCAAUUCUUUUGAUUUUAACCUCCUUGGUUACACCAUCUCACUGCCAGUGGUCAUCUUUCUUAGGGACUGGUGAGUUGUGCAGGCUGCUGUACUAAUGCAAACCAUGUCAAAAUUUAGCUAGGCCUGAUUAACAGACACAGAACACCUUUGGUCAAUCACUCAUUAGUUUGCUACUGGAUUGUUAGUUGUACAAUGUACUUUUUGACUUGUGUUUACUCGGACUGUUUUGCGUGCUGUGUACAUCUUGUAAUGUAAAAAAUCUUCUCCAUUACUCAAGAUAUUUUUUUCAAAGAAAUUUAAAAAAAAUUCUGAUCUGGUCAGUACAAUGCUUCCAUAUUCAGUAUUUGUCAUUUCUGUACAUAAAGAAAUUUUCCACUACUGAUUUGCUGUAAAUACACAUCCCAAUUCUUUUCUUAGGAACUUUUUCAGAUACCAAUAGAUUGACUGUCCUUCUUUGUCAAGUAUUUUCAGCCCACCCUGGGAAGUGUAAGAUAAUCAUUGGCAUUUGUAGGUAUGUGUGUUAUCGAAUAAGUUACAAUGUGUGUAAGUCUUGAUGACUAUUCAUGCAUAUUAAAAAAGAUGAAUGUUUGUAUCAGUCAUAUAUGCAAGAAUUUCUGAAGUUGAAAUGGUAAGAUGAAAUACCAGUCAUGCUGGACAUUGUGUGUGCAGAUUUUCUUUACAAUAAAAACUGAAGAAAAAAAGAAGUUCUGUAUUUGUUUCUUUUAUUUGUGAAGUGCAAUUGAUAAGAUAUAUUUCACAUUGCAAAAGAAUGGACAAUCAUUGCCAUAUGAUGAAAAUUGCUACAUCAUAUGGUUAUGUCAUAAAAGGGUAUUGUAUUCAUGCCACGGUUUCAAAUAUAAAUACAUUUACAGUCUAAAAAUGUUUCAACCGUUGGCUUCUGGUGGAGUACCAAAGUGGCAACUUGUAUGGCACCUAUAUCUAAACUCUGUCUACAUCAUCAAAAUAACUUGCAGCACUGUAAAACCUCUGAACAAUGUGUUGACACCACCACAAUCUUCUUUGCUAACUCCUCAGAGGUACAGAAUACAGCAUCUUUCUCACACUUUUUAUGUAUACUCGACUUGAGUGGUCUAAAAUACACUGCAUCAACCAAAUACAUGAAAUAAUAAAAACAAUUCAUUGGAAACUAAAACAAGUGGUUUAAAACAUGCCCAGCCAAAUUUAUGACUGAAAAAUAAAA